GCGUGAAUAGUCGCGUGCACAGGUGUUGCGUUAGUCGUACGCAUUGUGUAAUUUACAAUUCCGUAUUUUUAAACUUGGAAUUUGUUAUUUUUUUUUUGUAAUUUAAAUUUUAAGUACAUUCUAUUUUCAAACAUCAAUAAAUAGCAGACCAUAGAUCGGAGGAGUUUAAUUUUAAAAUAUAAUUGCGUACAAAAAAGUAAAAUAUUAUACUUUUUUUUUAAACAAAGACAUUUUCAUUUAAAUAAAAUAUAAUAAAAUUCAUUUAAAAAUUCAAAGGUAAUGAAAAUAAUAUACAUAUAAAUUUUAAUAUCGGUGAAAUACUUGCCGUCGGAUAUUUUUAAGUACAGAUGGAUCUCGGAGGUCUGCUGUCAUGGAUUGUGUUAUUGGUAACAUUGGUUACCAGAACUCACGCUGGUCACUUCUCACCUCGACCUGACACCGGGUAUGCCUUAGGAUACCUGUCUGAAUGUCCAGGGUCCUUCAAGAAUGCCAGCAUCAGUCCUAAAAUGCUGCAGGAACUUCAAAUCAUCUGGCACCGGUGGACUCCUAAUGGUGUGAUUAGAAAUUCAAUGCCAAUCACCUCAGCCGCGAAAAGUGUUCUAUCUUACAAAGUAGAUUUUAAAAAUAAGAAGACGGUACUCUACGUCGUUGGAUAUUUGGAUAGUUCUACUUUCAUUCACAAUAUAGCAGUCGCGUCCGCUUACGCGAAACGUGGCUACAACGUGUUCGUUACUGAAUCGAUAUCAGUGCUUCCGUUUGUCUAUCCGAGAUCAGUCCGCAUAAGUCGUGCAAUUGGGAAAAAACUAGGGGAAUUUAUCGUACAACUAACUCAACAGGGUCUGAAGCCUGAUGACUUGGAACUAGUGGGAUUCAGUCUUGGCAGUCACAUGGCCAGUUAUGCUGCUAAAUACUACUACGCUGAAACAGGCAGAAAACCUUCCAGGCUUACCGGAUUGGACCCAUCUGGGCCUUGUUUUAGGGGUUUGCCAGCGACGUACAGGUUGAGCUCUUCAGAUGCAGAGAGGGUCGAUGCAAUACACACAAAUAUUGAUGGGUUUGGAAUAGCAGAAGCCCUUGGUCAUGUAGAUGUUUAUAUUAACGGUGGGGAAUACCAACCCGGUGAUAUACCGUACAUCCCUUGCCUGGUAGUCUGUAGUCAUAUGAAAGUUACUUUAUAUUGGUGGCAAGCUGUGGAAAAUCCUAAAAAGUUCAUUGCAGUCAAAUGCGAUUCCAUCCAAGAUGCGAGGCUGGCCAAUUGUUAUAACAAUACAGUGACCAAUUAUGUCGGUAUUAAGACCGACUUUAAGAAACCUGGUAUAUACUAUUUGUCUACAAGCAACGAGUUUCCCUAUUAUCAAGGAAAAGACGGACUGAAAGCGGAGAAUGAAAUAUAUUGGUCCACUUUGAAAAAGAUAAAUGCUGACGACAAUUUUGUGGUGAAAAAGUAGCGUUUGUUUAAAUUAGGUAGACUAAUUAUGAAUAAUGCCCAAUGUAAAACGAUUAAAAAUAAUAGUUAAGACAUUAAUUAUAAUUAAAAAUGUUAAACUCUUUCUUUUGUGAUUUCUAACGGCUUGUCUUUUGCGUUAAGGAUUAGGUACAGGUUAUUUCUUUAAUUUAUUCUUUCUUUCUUUAAGAGACAAGCUCUUGUCGGUGGAGUUGUUGCCGCUCACUGUGAAUUUCAGCGAGUCUCUUCGCCUUUUAAUAUGACACGUUGAUCUCCCGUCUCUUUCUUUCUAUAAUAUGAUGUUCAUAAAUUCGUCAUAUCAUAUUAAGUGUCCCAAUAUUUUCAUCCAUCUGAUUUAAAUAGCUUUUAUAAUUUCUAUCUUUUCCUUAAAUUCAAGUAGGACUUCUUCAUUACUGACUUGAAUCCUUCCAACAAAUUUUCUCCAUCUUUCUCCAGUGCCCCAUAUCCUUAAGUCUGUAUAUUUUAUAUUAAAAAUACUAUUGUUGCAUUGCAAAAAUGUAUCCAUGUCAUUGAGAAAGGUCUUAAGGUUAUAAAAACUUUUGGCAUUGUCAGCAAUUAUACUAAAAUUGAAGUUUUGGACUAAAUUUGGCAUUGCAUCGUUUUCUAAAUACAGGAUGGGAAUCCCGUGGACAGGAUGAUAGUGUAAUUCCAAUAGUUACAAUUUAAAACAUAUCUUCGGUGAGAAAUGUCUAUCUUGUAUUCCUAUUCUUAUAUAUUUUUAAUAGGACAAUUCUAAAUGACAAUUCCUUUGCCAUGAGAGAGUUAACAUUAAGUUAUGAGAUGUUUUUUUGUGAAAAUUUUUUAUAUGGCAUUCGUAUUGUACCUGAUUUUUGGGUAACAUCUUUGGAUGUAUUUAUACAGGGUGAUAUCGAUAUAGUUGACAUUCUUUUAAGGGAGUGACUAACACAGCUUAUUUCGGGGGAAAGGGAUUGCUGAUAAUGGGGUUUAACAGCCUCAUUGCUAGUGAGGUCAACCUCCCUAUAGGGACGCUAUUAGGUCAAUCUCCAAACACAGUUCCCCCUGGAAACCAUCAUGGUUGAUUCUUGUAAAAUUCAUCACGAUGGGCUAAAUUACCUACUUUUAUUCUUAUUUAUCAUUUCGCACUGGCGUUCUGCUAGCGUAUACCAAUAACACAGGUGGGGUUACCAUUCAUUUUCGCCUAUUAAAAAUACAGCGUAACUAUCUGAACAGUGUUAGUAUCGGAGACAUACGUUAGAGGAAAUAUUUCGUUUUACUUAUAGAAUACUCUUUUAAAUUUUUGUUAAAGGUUUUGAUAUCAAGUGUCCUGUAUACAUUAGUUGGUAUUUAGAAAUAAAUAUUAUAAAAUAUUUAUUUUACUAAUAGAAUGAAAUUGUAACUAGAUAAUAUUUGUACAUGGAAGAUAUUUAAAGAAAAUUUCUAUAAGUUGUCUUAUAAUAAAAGCAAUAGAAGUCAAAUUAAUAUUAUUUUUUUAGUAAUCAUGUCUGUCGAUCUGUAUGCUUUAUUUCUGAAGGUCUAAAUUAUAAAAUGGUGAUUUUAACUUGAUACGCCAUCUACAAGUAUUCGUUGUUAUUGAUUUUCCUAUUUCUAAAAUCCAUACAUACAAAGUAGCGGGCGAAGGCUAGUAUUGUAUAAAUACACUAUUUGUUUAUUACUAAAUAUAGUUAUUUUUAUUUGAUUAUGAGAAAUCUACUAUGUUAAUAAAAUUUUUCAAUUCGCCUGCACUUUUAAGUGUUUAUGUUAUGCGGUAUCUUUAGUAAUCAUAAUCCGAUUUACAUAAUUCUUUUUACAAUAGACGGGGUCUAUAUUGGACAUACGAGUACAUUAAUUUUCCCACGAUUAUUGUAACUUUUUUUUCAUUCGUCUAUUCGCAUUACAUUUAUAUUACUAUUAUUAUUAUAUUACUUAUUACAUUUAUAUUACUUAUUAAAUUAUAAAUAGUGAGGAAUAAACACCAAAGAAAUUUUA